AUGGGUUUCCAUGUGGGACGACAGUUGCUGCUCUCGGGCUUCCUGCUGGUGCUACUCCAGGUGCUCAGCCAAACGCAGGCCAGGCCUCAGGAUGUGAUUACUGGCGAGGAAACGGAGGUGGUGGUAAAGCAAGAAGGCGGUGAUGGAGAUGACGAUGACUCCUCCUCGGAGGAGACGGUAGAGGACUCGGAGGAAACCCGUCGACGACGACGCGAGGUGGACUCGGACAACCUUCCUUCGGCUCGGGCGGGCAUUCCAGGUUUGCCAGAUCCGGCUACCAUUAUUAAGAUCGCUGAGCUUUUUCAAUCCGUAGGAGAACAAGUAGUCCCGAUCCUGUUGCAAGCAGUACUACCGGGCUCGGAGGCCACCGGUGACCGUUUUGCCAGGUCCGUAAACUUCCUGGAGAACCUGGAGACCGCACCUGAAGGAUUCGCCACUGAGAAGAAUGAAUAAUCAGCGGGUUAGAGGGAUGAAUAUAUCCGGGCUGAAGAAGCUAAGCCGGAACACUAGUAACAUAGAUUUAAACUUAGACUACUUUCCCUUGAGAUAAAUUUUGGUUGCUUGAGCUGAAA